UUGCACAUCCGGCCCCCAUAAUCAUUUCCCACUCUUCAGCGCAUGGUAUUCCGCUUCGACCGUUCCUCUCCUCUUCCUUUCGGCUCUCAUAUAAUCGGUAUCUUCCAUGCGUCAGCACACAUCUCUCCGCUUUGGUCUAUCCCUUCCCUUUCUUCCUAGGUUACGGCAACCAUGUUUUCCCUUUUCUUGUAUGCGGUCCGCAUUCUGUAUUCUUCCUGUAUCGACAUGGCAUCAGCGGUCAUGUGUUCAUUCCCAAGAGCAUCUGCUCCUUCAUCUUCGCGCGCCGUCCUUCAUGAUUUUGAAGAGGAAUCCAGGGUCCGGAUGUUUGAUGUAUCUCCUUGAGAUCUUUUUCCGCCGAACAAGGCCAACCGUCCUGACCGGUUGUUGGUGCCGGGGACUACUGUCAUCUUUCUGUGUGGCUCAUGCCUCGAAAAGGAGUCCCCGGUCUUCCCUCUGUUCGGAGAACAGUUUUCGGGUUCAGGACAGAGGGACACAUUAUCCCCCUAUGUUCGCUUGAAACCUCUCUUCGCCAUGUCAAGGAACCUGUGUGUGCUGCUUUUCUCGGCCGCUUGUAAGAGGUGGGACUCGGCGGAUGCAGUGUCUGCGCUUGAGGGUUUGCUCGGCUGUCUUGGGGUGUCGAAGUCUGUUUGAGGAUAUGAACUCAGCAGAUGCCUCAAGAUAGAAAGAGUGGGAGCAUACUCCUUCAGGCCGAGACUACAUGAGAUAUCGGGAUCAAGCCUGCCUUGAGGAAC